ACAACCCCAAACCCUAGCUCAAACACAAGGUAGAAAUCAACAAAAAAAAAGAAGGGAUUUUUCUUUUUUUUUCUUUUUGUUUUGUUGUGAAAAAAUUAUAUCAAUGGGGCAUGGAAGUGGAAGCAAUUACUCCUACUCCAUGGCUGAGGCACCAAGUGGUAGUUUCAAAAACUCUACUUCUCCCAUUCCCUACCUCUUUGGUGGGCUUGCCCUCAUGCUUGCACUCAUAGGCUUGGCAUUGCUAAUCCUUGCUUGUUCUUAUAGUAAAAGUUCUUCAUCAAAUGCUGAUGCAGAAAGAGCAAAGAGAAUGGGAAUGGAGGUGGAUUCAGAGCCCAAGAUUGUUGUUAUAAUGGCUGGAGAAACCAACCCUACAUACAUGGCCAAGCCAGCACCAUCCAUUCACCAUCUUCAAGAACAAAACUGAUUCAUUUCACUCAUUCAAAUCAUGGAGAGAAGCACAAAGAAUAAAGAGAAAAAGAAAAGACAAAAAAAAGGAAAAUUCUUCUUCCCCCACUAUAUGUUUCUAAGCUCACGUCUCAUUUUCUUUGUUCAUUGGCAUUUAUGUAUAUACCAUUUUGUACAAUUCUUUACACAUAUGAAGUUUUUUUUUUUUA